GCGGACUCACACGGUCCCCUGCUUCCAGUUCUCGGGAAAGAAACCCUCGAGACCCGAGAGAGAGGGAGAGAGAGGCCUAAGAGGAACUGGGCGAGUCAUCUCGAUUACUUGUUCGUCUCUCUCUUGUCCCCUCUUCUCCUCGUUAAUGGCGGCUUCUACUUCUUCCUCCUCCCCCGGCGUCGCGGAGCGGAGGGGCAUCCCGGCCGCUUCCUUCGUGGAUGACGUGGAGACCUAUCUCAAGCAAUCCGGCCUCGAUGUCAACUCCUCCCUCGCCUUCCUCCAAGAAAGGCUUCAGCAGUACAAGAUUGUGGAAAUGAAACUUCUAGCACAGCAAAGGGAUCUUCAGGCUAAAAUCCCUGAUAUUGAGAAGUGUUUAGAUAUUGUCGCCACUCUACAAGCUAAGAAGGGUACUGGUGAGGCAUUGAUUACUGAUUUUGAGGUAUCUGAGGGCAUUUAUUCACGAGCAAGAAUAGAGGAUACUGAUUCAGUGUGCCUUUGGUUGGGAGCAAAUGUCAUGCUAGAGUAUUCUUGUGAAGAGGCCAAGGCCCUUCUACAAAAGAACUUAGAAAAUGCUAAAGCCAGUUUAGAAGUCCUUGUUGCUGAUUUGCAGUUCUUGAGGGAUCAAGUGACCAUUACUCAGGUUACCGUCGCUCGAGUGUAUAACUGGGAUGUUCAUCAGAGAAAGAGUAGACAAGCUGCAAAGGAAACUUGAUUUUCUAGUAGCUCCUUGUUAUUGAAGUGGCUCUUGAUUGAUUAUGUUAUCUAGUUGGUCAUUUCUUUCCUGUCACAGUUUUGGAUUCGGGUUCUUUUUGUUAGUUUUGGUUAUGUUGUUGUGAGGAAAUUGCAUCUUAAAAAAAUUUCUGCUGAUUGUCUAUGUCAAUCUGAGAUAUACACAAUUCGAAGUUUUAAGAAUCUCCUGCAUGCUUUCAUCAGAUU